GUUAAAGUAAACUCAUAAAAUAAUCAAAAUAGAGAUCAAAUGGCUGGACCAUAUUUAUCACCCUUGCCCGGUGAUUUGCUCACUGAAUACAUGUUUGGUCGAAGACGACAAAGAAGAAAUCGCACGACGUUUAGUCCGCAACAGUUGCAAGAACUCGAAGCACUUUUUCAAAAGACGCACUAUCCUGAUGUUUUCCUUAGGGAGGAAGUCGCGCUAAGAAUAAGUUUGUCGGAAGCACGUGUUCAGGUCUGGUUUCAAAAUAGGAGAGCAAAAUGGAGAAAACAAGCUCGCUUGCAACUCCUUCAAGACGCUUGGAGAAUGCGAUGUCUUGGCAUUACUCCUUCUCCCUUACUCCUUACAGGUCGACCAAACGCUCCACCAUUGCAAGGAGAGCAUCAACCACCUGACAAGCUGCCAGACGGUUAUCCAAUCAUGGCUCCGAAUUUACCACCCCCGUGUCCAUGCUCUCCUGAAACGGAAAGUGCAAGUCCUUCAAGUCUACGAAGUUCAAGCCCUAGUCCACUGUCACCAGGAGGACCCGACGACCUUUCUAUGUGCAAAAAUCCACCUCGUAUUGAACAUCCCGACACAAAUACUGGACAGUUAUUAAACAAUUAGUUUAAAAAAAAAACAGAACUUGUAAUAUUCUUUAAUGUGUGGCAAUAUUUCUAAACCAAAUAUUAAGAGAAUACUUUCUUCUUUAUAAAUCUACGAUGUAGUUCAUUCAUUUUACAGCAGUGAUGGCAAUUUUGUUAAUUUUUUUUAUUUCUUUUAUUAUUAUUUGUGCAGUUGUAGAGGUUUUAAGGUAGAUUGUUCUGUAAAAAAUAUGACUAAUAAAAAUAACUGUUGGGUA